UCUAGUUUUUUGAACAUUUAUUAGAGCUCGUAUGGAGUAACAUCCGGUGAAAAUCCGGUGGUGAAUUUGUUCAGAGGAUGCAUGAAGUCUGAAUUUGGCGGGUCCUCAAGAAGUAGGUCAGGUCAGCGUGAAAGAUGGCAGCGACUAUCGAGACGUCGACAGGUCAGCUGAGAGACGAGGAGGCUUCAGUCCACACCCCCCAGGGAAAUGGGGACCCUGGGAGUAACACCAACUCUUGGCCGGCACCAGUCAUCGCUUCCAAUGAUCAAAGGAUCCCCAUGUUUAAAAGCAGAAGAAAACGUACAAGUCGUGACCCAAUCACAGUGGAGAGGGCUAACCUUCUGACCAUGUCCAAGCUGAUCAUCAAGGAACUGAUUGACUCUUCCUUGUCACAGGGUCGGAUGCUAGAUGAUGACCAUGUUCCUCUGCAGCAGUUCUUCGUCGUUCUGGAACAUGUUCUAAGACAUGGACUUAAACCAAAAAAGGGCAUCCUACGUGACAAGCGGGAGUUUUGGUGUGUGCUGGAGGCGAUUGAAAAGUUUGCCCCGGAGGCAGCUGAGAUGACAACCAGUGUGAAGGACAUGCCUAAUGUCAAAACCCCAUUGGGCAGAGCCAGGGCAUGGUUAAGGAUUGCCCUUAUGCAGAAGACACUGGCUGACUACUUCAAAAUGCUUAUAGAAAAAAGAGAGGAGAUUCUCAUGGAAUGUUAUGAACCUGGUGCUAUCAUGUUGGAGGAAGAGGGUAUGGUGAUCUCAGGUCUGCUGGUCGGCCUGAACGUGAUUGACUUUAACCUCUGUAUAAAGGAGGAGGAUCUCGACCAACCGAUGGGUGUGAUAGACUUCAGUCUCUACCUGAAGGACAAUGUAGGGAUGGAUGCAUCAUUAGAUGCUGACAGUAUGGAAGGAAAGUCCAGGAUGGCUACAAUUCUGGAUCAAAAGAAUUACCUAGAAGAACUGAACAGGCAUCUAAAUGCCACAGUAACAAACCUCCAACAGAAGCUAGAAGUAUCACAGACAACCAAUGCCUUGAUGAAGGAAGACUUGGCCAUUGCCAAAAACCACAGCUUGACAUUGCAGGCUGAGAAUGAAGUGUUGAGGCAGGAGAAAAACCAACUUCUGGACAAUUAUGAAAAACAGCUUCAGGUUGCCCGUCAGGAUAUUGAUACAGAGCGACAGACAUACCAGACGUCUAGUGCAGGCUUGGACAACAUGUACUCGGAUAUCAAGAAGAAGUACGAGGAGGAGACACAGCUUCGAGUUUCCUCAAAGAGGCGCCAUAAGGACGUGGAGAAGGAACUGGAGUUACAGAUCAGUAUGAAGCAGGAAAUGGAGAUGGCCUUACAGCUGCUGGAGAAAGACAUCCACGAGAAACAGGACAACAUCGUCACCCUGCGCCAGCAGCUCGACGAGAUCAAGGCCAUUAACCUGGAGAUGUACAAUAAACUACAGACAUGUGAUAGCACCCUGAAACAUAAGGCAGAAAUGGUGGUCAAACUGGAGGAGAAGACAAACCAGCUAGUAGCCACCAUGAAGGAUAUGGAGAAAAAACUUAAACAAUGUGAGUCUGACAAACAGGCUGCCAUGGAAACUGCUCGUAAACUUGGCCAGACAGUCGCAGAGAAAGAUUCCCUACGAACGGCUCUGGAGACAGAUUUGAAAAUAGAACGAGAAUGGAGAGGAACUUUACAGAAGACUUUGGAGCAGGAGAAAGAGAAACUGGGCUCUGUACAGAUGGACCUGCAGAAGAUGAAAGAUUUAGAAAAAGAUUACACGGGUCUACAGGAGCGUCAUCAGCUACUUCAGCAGACAUGUGAUGACCAUGAGAGGACGCUGGCAGAGCUUGGCUCACAUCUCAGCGAAUCAAAAUUAAAAAUGGAAGAUUUGCGUGAAUCUCACCUGCAACAGAAGGAGGCUCAGUGGGCCAGUGAUAAGGAGGCCACCCACUGUAAGCAGUGCUCAAAACCCUUUUCUGUGGCACGGCGGAAGCAUCACUGUCGAAACUGUGGGGACAUAUACUGUAGUGAGUGUUCAGACAACAAGAUGCCACACCCCUCAUCGUCAAAGCCAGUCCGAGUGUGCGACAGUUGCCAGGAUAUACUGUUACAGCGCUACUCAGCCCAGUAGCAGUGCCCUACCCCUCCCUCUCACAUCCCCUUCCUUAAAUUGUUAUUCUUAGUCAUCACCUCACAUCCCAUUUCUCAUCAUACCAGCUUUUAUCAUCGUUUCAUAUCUAGGUUGCUUCAUGUGAAUAGUGUAGUAGGUUGGGGCAUUUUUCCAUGUGGUAUUCAUAGAGAAUAACUGUAAUAUUCCAGGAGCAAUUCACAGAGCAAAACUUAUCAGUACAUUUAUAUAUUAUAGUUUUUGUUGAUGUUGUUUUACAGUUUAUCAGGGUUCUGUAGUUACAGUACAAAAGUAAAUUCUACACUUCAGCAGUGUAAGGUUUCGGUGCUCAUUGUAAGCAGUACUCAAGGUAUUUCUCUGGCUUAGUGGCAGAUUAAAGCAACUGCCUGAGCCAUUUUUGUGGACAUAGCUUAUUGUAUCAAAGUAGUGUUCAAAACCCUUCUUCAUUGACAUCCUACAGAUAUUAAAUAUGACUUCAUUCUGUUUAUUUGCUUGAGAAAGUUCACUUUGUCUUCUCAUUUUGUUUUUGUGGACAUAUACUGUGGCUCUAUAUACUAGAUCCUCCUGAAUGCAAACAAAGUAAAGAUUUAAUAACUUGUUGUUAUGAAGUAAUACAAGACGGUCCAAAAAUAAGAAGGCUGGAUAAUUAGAGUGUUUUAAUUUAGUUUAUCAUGACAUGUUAAAAAAAAGAGUUAAUACUGUAUCAUAAUUUUAUUACUGGUAGUGGAUGAUCCCAAAGGUUAGACUAAGCUCUGUGUAGUAGUGUACUAGUUUAUGUCUUGCACAUUAGGAUGGCAGCCACUCUCAUCAUCUGUGAUAACUAAUUCCUGCAAACUCCUAUGGCUGGGGGAGACUGGGGCACAUUUCAUCAUUUUUUCACUUAAACCUCCAUACACAAACCACUACAGAAACCACAUGGUCCACACACAUGUGUUUGUUGGCUGCAUUAUUAAGUUAAUUCCAUAUGCCCAAGAGGGAUUGAAGGUUCAGUCAUCUCUGUGAAAUUAACCUGUAAGCACACCCUGGAAUCCUCCCGAGCUGGGGUAAAUUGCAUCAAUAGGCAAGGUAAGUUGCAGCAUUGAAGAUAAUUAGAAAGAAUUUUACACCAAUAUAUUUGUUUUAAUGACAAAUAUGAAUAAUAUUUAAAAAUACAUCACAGAUUAAAACAGAACAAAAUGGUGUAGAACUUUUUGUAGGCAAAUUUAUACCAUGUGUAACUUACAUUGAGAAGCAAAGUCCUUAUUCAUGGAACUUUUCUAUUCUAUUCUAUUCUGUUUGAAGGUGACCAAGUCUUAUAAGAAAAUAGGUAUUAAAUAUGAGGUUUACCAAACAGAAGAUUAAUACAAAGAAGCUUGAUUUGACUUGCUCAAUUGGAAAUGUUGAAACAUACCCCCAAGAACAUGUGCUUUAAAUUUCAGCAAAUCUGUGGCUACCAACAAAACUUUAGUUUUAUAAGCCAUAGGUUUUGCACAUUUCUGCAUACUCAGAAUAUGCAGUAAUAAUACAUAAUUCGUGUUUGAAAAGUUUUGUGCAAAGAGCAAAAAAUUAACAUAUCUAAAAAUUUACUUUCGCCUUGGGAAAUUGUUUUUUUCUUCUAUGCUCAAGGCUUUGUGACCAUUCAAGAUUUUUGUCAUUGUUGGAAGUUGCCUCUUACAAUAAGGUUUCAUGAGCUAAAUUACUGGCACUGUUGCAACUUGCCCCAAGUCUCUCUUGCAUGUAUGAAUUGCUUUUAUUGACUCUGUGUUUACUAGAAGAGAUCUAGGUGCAGUAUUUGUCCUCCCCUGGUGUUCAGACAGGGGAACAGAGAUGUAUGUUUUUAUUUGUUAAUAUAGCUAACCUACAGACAGUCUGGAAUUCCUUUAUAGGGCAUUUGAGUAUGUAGAGAGUUAUAUGAAAUGCAGUCAUAUUUUAGCCUGCUUGCACUGCAUUAAUUGUCUUCAGUGGCUUAGUUUUAACAGAGGACUUAAUAGUCUGUUCUGUAGCAACACCAUGCCUUUAACUCUACCCCCUGCAUGGUUGGUACUAGAGGAGGUGGUCAGUUUUGCUACUUUGUUAUAAGUUGUGUAUGCUUUGUAUCUGUGAUUAUGAAAUGAUUGUACAAAAACACUAACUUAUAUUCUUGAAAUGGCAUAAACAAACCUUGCUCCAAUUUUAUAUUUUCCCUUCAGUUUUUAAAUUGGACAAUUAAAUGCCACAUUUGCCAAAUUGAAUGUGUGGCAAAGCAUACGUACUGGAGGUACUGUGACCAUUUUGAUAACAUGUGUUCAUUUAUGUGCCCUCCCUUCCAUAACCCUCUCAGCUAUCCUCUACCUAUAUAUUCCCAGACAGAGCAGUACAUGCAUAAUUGUAUUGCUCCCUGGACAUGUUUCUUAUUAGAGAACACAGAGUGAUGUCCCCUGAUGCAUUAACAGGUUGCAGUAAGAUCUGAUUAGGACUGAUAUAUGUGACUCCCACCUCUCAGUUUCAUAUUGACACCCCCUCACUUCUGGGUUGGUUUGUUAUAAAUAGCAUGUGUUGUCUUGAGACACCCCUGUUCAAGUCUAGCUGAGAUGGCUGGAAUUGUGUGGGUGGUGACAUAAAGGACAGAUCUGUAGUUGAGUCUGUCUUAUAAUUUUAACUGUCUUUAUAGGGCAUAGUGCUAAGCCAGUGUAGUGGACGGGUGGGAGUGAGCGGUCAAGCACAGCCAGCAAGACACACUGUGUGUAUCCAUAUAGCCAUUUAGCAUACCGAAAUCAGUCCUGGCAUAGAAAAUAGAGGCUUUGCAAAUCUACUGAGACCAUUGAGCCCCUGUGAUCUGACUAACAAUUAAGUCACCUGAUGCAUGGUGUCUUUAACAUUUAAACUCCCCUGACCUCAUUCCCAAUAUUCCGUUCUCCGUCAGACAUGUUUAAACUAUUGUGAAUUAUACAGAUGAGUGAGGAUUUGCCCCAAGUGAUAAGCAUGGGAUUGUAUAGCUCUGUGUAUCGAUACACUAGGGUAUACAUAUUAAAUACUACCUGUAUUGGUUGGUGGAUAUGUACAUGUAUAUAUUUUAUGUAUUGUAUAUAACGGAUAGAAUUUGUGAAUAUGCUUGAAUAUGAAUGUCAUUUGUGAAUUGCUUUAUGUACAUGUCAGUUGCUAUAGCCUUAUGCAUACAUUUGUACAUUGUAUAUAGCCAGGGGUACCCUGUACAACAGGGCUAAUGACAAGAAACAGAUUUGUUAAAGAGGUGAAGUCUUUGAUCAGGGCCCUAUUCCACAAAGACAGUUCCGACUUAAUAAAUGUUGUUAUAAUGCUUAGGUUUUGGCAAUGGAAGAUGAAAUUUUGCCUGAAAAUAUGCUCUAAAAUCAGAUUUCAAAUUCUGAUGUAAGUCAAAGCUGACUUUGUGGCAUCAUCCCCUGACCUGACCGCAUGAACUCUCCAUGUUCAUUGUCAUGGGAUUCUGCAUGGGGACCACAGGACAAGUACAUGUGUCAUCUAGUAAUGGUGGAACAUGAUGGUACAACAGGCUGAGCAUUUCUCUCUCUUCCUCACUUCAUCCUGAUCUCCCAUUCCCCUGAUGGUCAGUCAGCCUGCCAUUGGACAGCUGGAGAUGACCGUUAUAAUCACCAUUAUCAUCACCCCAGCCAUUGUCAUGAGAUUACACUGCGCCUUCUCCACAGGAUGACUGGCUCUAACACCUCGUCAUUUGCAUAACGGUUGUUUCUGUAUUAUUCUACAUGUAAGUACAUGUAUGUGGUAUAUAGAGACUUUUGUACUUGUGCAUGUUUGAUAAGCUUAUGUAUGUACAUAC